AUGAAUUCAAAGACAUUAUUAGAACGAAUCAAAUCGAUAUUUAACGGUGUAGUUGGCUUAUCACCAGAUAAGAUUACUCAAACGGUGGGAUUAAAUAUUGGCAAAAUUGAUUUGAGUCGCGCACGGCUUAAUUUCUGGGAUUUAGGUGGGCAAGCCGAACUUCGUAGUCUCUGGGAAAAGUAUUAUGCAGAAUGCCAUGCGAUCGUAUUUGUACUUGAUUCGACGGAUAAAGAAAGAAUCGAAGAAUGUAAACAAGCCUUUGAAAGAAUAAUUACAAGUGAUAUGACAGAGGGAAUUCCAAUUUUAAUGCUAGCAAACAAACAAGAUGUACCUGAUUCACUCAAAGUCGAGGAAAUUAAAGAGAUUUUCAAUAAAAUUUCUUUGAGAUUAGGAGCGAGGGAUUCACGGGUAUUAGCAAUUUCAGCAUUAGAAGGGGAUGGGGUGAGAGAAGCCAUAGAUUGGUUAUUUAUACGAUUGAAACGUAAUCAACCAAACAGACCACCAAUUUUUAAAUGA